UCUUUGCUAUGUAAAAUAAGGCAUCAUUAAUAAUGUAUAAUUUACCAUAGCAAAUGUGUACCAAGAUAGACCUACCAUUUUGAUAGCUUCAUUUAUUACAGCAUCUUCAAUUUCAUCAAAUUCAAAAAAAUCUUUACUUUCUUUUCCAAUACGAUCUCUUGAGCUGAGUUGGAUGCCAAAGCCAUCAAUCAUGUCAACUGAUUCUGUAAAUAUGAAAUAAUCCUGACAAUUCUAAGUUACUUUCAAAUUACAUUUCUUAGAACAACUUAACAAACCUUCAACAAUAUCAGAGGUGACACAGUGGAAUGCUGUAAGAACAAUGCAUAUGAUAAAAAGCAGCAAAACUCCAGUUAUGGGAAUGUAUUCAAAGCAAGUCUAUAAAAAGAAUUUUUUUUUAACUUCAAGAAGCUACAGCUGUAUUUUUUACUAAUUUCAUUUCACAUUGAUUGCGUUUAACAUCCUAUUGCCACGUAAAAACUAUUAUAAUUGUAAAUACGUACCUGAACAAAUAAACCUAACGUGAGUAAAAUGCCAAGAAACCGCCAUAGAUACUGAAAGUAGUUUAUUUCAAACGACUGAUGACAAACUUUCGGAGUGUAGUGCCCAAUGAAAUAAAUUUUAGGUUAAUUUCUUCUCCAUAAGCGUUAGUAGUUGUUAAAAUUCGAUGAGUAUGCAUAGCUAAAAACUGGGCAUGCGUUGUUUACAUAAAAUAAAAUAGACUUUGAUAAAAUAUUGUGAACGUAAAAGUUUACAAUAUAUGCAUUUAUAAUAUGAUUUUUGUGUCCAAAAUGAACCUCGUUCUUUGGUUAGGCAUAAAUUCUUUAGCCCAAAUGAGUUUUCUUUAAUCUCAGUAGAUAGCAUUGCUUAGUAACAUCAAUGCUUGUGGUGGGUGUGAUAUAUGGGACAAUUCAGUUUCCGUUUCUUGUGGAGAGUUGUUUUGAUCAGAGUAUUUAAACACUUACUGAACUAUUUUGAAUGGCUAAAGAUGAGCAGGUUUUUAUCACCCAGGCCUUCUUCAAUGCAUGAAGGUCAAAGAUCCGAGAAAGAUUGGGCAGAGCAUCUUAGCAAAGCUAUAAAUACGUCAGAAAAUGCUGUCAAAGAAAAACAUCUAAGAAGUACUAUUAUUGGAACAUGGGAAGAAAAUGGAUCAAGUACAUUCUGGGCAUGCCUUAAAAAGAUGAAUAUUUCAGCUAAUGCUAUAAUGUCUUGGAAAGCCAUGACUGUCAUCUUCAAACUUUUAAGAGAAGGCCAUCCUAAGGUUUUGAAAGAAUCCGAAUCUGAGAAAGUUAUGUUGACGGAAAUGUGUAAUUACUGGAAACAUUCACAGGAAGGAAGUUAUGGAAAACUGACACAUCUAUUCCUGGUGAUCAUAUUGAAGAAAUUAGCAUUUCACAGCAAAUAUGAUUAUAUUCCUGGAACAAUCCAACCUGGAAAUUCAGAUGUUAUAAAAUACCCAACAAAUGAUAAAAAUUAUUUUUUUGAGUUAGUGAUAGAUAUAUUUGAUCAGCUGGACGGAUGUUUGGACUUAUUUGAUUCAGUGUCGAAAAGCCUCAAUCCUUAUAAAUCCAACUCUCAGAUUCAAGCUGUUCAAUGUAGAAUAUGUUCAUUUCCAAUGUUAAUACAGGAAUCUAGCGCAUUUUACAAUUUAUCUGUCGAAAUGAUGUAUAAACUACACAAAAAACUAAUGCAUGACAUGUUGACUGGUCAUCGUAAUAGAUUUUAUCCUAUGUUUCAACGUUUGAAGAAAUUUUUCUUUGAUGCAAGAACUUUGACAUACGUCACUGCUUUGAUAAAUGUCCCAGAAUUACCAUAUGAUCCCCCUACAUUUGUUGGUACUGAGCCAAAACCUGUUGAAGCACCAAAACCCAUUAAACAGGUUGAAGAUGAACCUCCAUCUCCUCAACCAGAUGAACGAGAUAAGCUGAUUGAACAGUUGAUUGCGCAGGUGAAACAUCUUCAAGAAUUGUUGCAAAGUGAAAGACAGAAGUCAAAAGAAAUGGAGAACGCACUGCGUAUGAAAAUAUCAGAGCUUUCUGCCGAAUUAAACGAAUUGCGCGAAAGUAAUGAGCAAUUGACUCAGGAGAAUCAUGAACUGCACUCUAGAUUGCAGGAAGAUUUGAAAUUAUUAGAACAAGGCAAGCCUACGGAAGAGAAACUUAAUAAACUAAAACAGAUGUACUCUAAAUUACGGACAGAACAUGUUCAGCUCUUGCGAACUAAUGCAGAUGUGAAGAAGUCUUUAUCCACAGUAGAAAAGGAGAAAAAGGAAUUACACGAAGACUUAGCUAAAGUACAAGAAGAAGCUGAUGAGACAUCAAAAAACUUUUGGAAACUUCCCAAGUGGUUGAGACGACACAAGAUGCUCGAAGCCGAGGCAACAAUCAUUCAACUAAAACAGACGUUCGAAGAAAGAGAAACAGAAAUGAACAAUCGACUUACUGAAGUAACGAAUGCACAACGAGAGACUGAAGAACAAAGAAAAGUGGACGAAGAAAAAUUCUCAGGACUUGAAAAAUCUCUAAGUGAAAAGGUUUCUGUCUUGGAAAGUCAACUUGUUGAAAUGACGAAAAACAGAAAUGAUGAAGAAGCUCGUCGCAAAUUAGCGGAGGAAACGAUCGAGAAAAUAAAACAGGAAUCGAAAGAUAAACAAGAUGAACUGGGUGAUUUGUUGGCAGCUAAAACACGGCAUUAUGAUGAAGCUGAUUUAAAACUAAAGGCGUCGCUGCAAAGGUCUUCCGAGUUAGAACAGACUUUAAAUCAAAAUGCGAGUGAGUUGGAACUUAAACUGGCUGAGAUUGAACAAUUGAAAAAGGAUGCCGACAGAGAACGAGAAGAAAACAGGAAGAAAAUAGAAAAUUUGAUCAAAGAACACAAUGAAAAGCUUGCAAACAAGCAGAAUCAGAACGAAAUGGACAAACUUGAAAACAAUCGACGUCUUUUAGUGGCAUCUAUAGAAGGGUCAAUAAUGAUUGUUGAAGAAACUUUAAAUGAGUUUGAAAAUCCAAAAAACUCUGGAACAACAUGCACAGCAGAGUAUUUAGUUGAACGUUUGUCCGGUUUUGGGAAAUCUUUCAAUAAAACAGUUGAUGGUUACAAUUCAUAUCUUGAUAACAAGAAUGAUGUCGAUUCCUUUUUGUCGUCAAUAACCCCAUAUACACAUCUACUUAGCGAAGGUAUUUUGCUUGGCAAAGCAACGUCUCAUAUGGCACCAAAAGAGGAUGCUGAGGCUCUUGUAGAACAUUGUCGCAACGCUGGAGAGAAAACGUUACAAUUGUUUCUAAUGAUGAAGAACACGGACUCAAUCGACUCUAAUGCAAAAAAAAGCAAAGAAGAAGAGGUUAAAGAGUCCAUACAGAAGAUUUUAGAAAUUGGAAACAGGCUUAUACCUAAGGAGGACGAGAACUUAGAUAGCAUUGAUAAUGCUGUUGAAAAUGAAAUUAGUUCAACUGCAGAGCUUGUUGCUGACGCGGUGUCUAGAAUCGAGGAAAUGCUGAAAAAUUCCCGACAGGCUGAUAAAGGAGUAAAACUUGAAGUGAACGAAAGAAUUCUUGACUCCUGUAAUGCGUUGAUGAGAGCUAUUCGUUUUCUAAUUUUGAAAUCCAAGGAACUGCAGGGCGAGAUAGUCCAAGAAGGAAAGGGAUCAGCUACUGCUAAAGAAUUUUACAAGCGCCAUCACCGUUGGACUGAAGGGUUGAUUUCGGCCGCAAAGGCUGUUGGUUGGGGCGCAAAAGUACUGGUUGACGCUGCGGACAAAGUUGUGAAGGAAGGAGGGAAGUUUGAAGAACUCGUUGUUGCUUCCAAUGAAAUUGCUGCAAGUACUGCUCAAUUGGUUGCAGCAUCUCGUGUAAAAGCCUCACCAAGAAGUGUUAAACUUUCUGCUCUUACAACGGCAUCAAAAUCAGUUGCCGAGGCAACCGGUAAAGUGGUGGCAUCGGCGAAAACUGGUUCAGAAAUGAUCGAAGAUAGUAAAACUGUUCCAGAUUAUUCAAAGCUCAGUCUAACGCAAACAAAGAGACGGGAGAUGGACUCGCAGGUUCGAGUUUUGGAAUUAGAAAGUCAGCUUGAAAAGGAACGCAAGAAACUUGGAGAUCUUAGAAAGGCACAUUAUCAAUUGGCUGGAGCUAGUGAGGGAUGGGAGGAGGACGAAUCAAAAUAAGCAAUACUACGAGUAUUCAUAAAGCUUGUGGUUUGUAGAAUCAGUUGAAAUUCUUGAUAUUUAUUUUUCUGUAAUUAUCUUUAUUCUGACGUUAUCUGUAACGUUGUUCACAAGUUGUAAAGAUUUUUGGAAAUCGUAUUUAAAUCUACACAAAAUUAUUAAUAAUUCUUGUUUAAAA